AUGCGGACCCACCUGUACUCUACCUUCGUGGACCUGACGAAAGCCUUCGACACGGUGAAUCGUGAAGGACUGUGGAAGAUCAUGCAGAAAUUCGGCUUGUCCGGAGCGAUUUAUUCAGAUGGUGCGUCAGCUGCAAGACGAUAUGAUGGCGCGAGUCACGGACAACGGAGCUGUCUCGGAGGCAUUCGCAGUGACCAACGGAGUGAAGCAGGGAUGCGUGCUGGCGCCUACCCUCUUCAGUCUUAUGUUCUCUGCCAUGCUGUUGGACGCAUACCGCGACCAACGCCCGGGACCCGCAUCGCCUACAGGACAGAUGGUCACCUCCUGAAUCAACGGCGGAUGCACUUCCAAUCACGCGUCUCCACAACCACCGUUCACGAACUUCUCUUCGCCGACGACUGCAUCCUGAACACCACCUCGGAAGAGGACAUGCAACGCAGCACGAACAUGUUCUCCGCCGCCUGCGAGAACUUCGGUCUGAUCAUCAACAAGCAGAAAACCGUGGUCAUGCAUCAACCGCCGCCACCCAACACAGCCACUCGCUCCAAUGUGCCGUCGCAAAUCAGUGUGAACGGAAAUCAACUGCAAGUGGUGGAGAACUUCCCGUGCCUGGGCAGUACCCUCUCCCGUAACAUAAAAAUCGAUGACGAAUUCGCUCGCAGGAUCUCGAAAGCCAGUCAAACAUUCGGCCACCUCCAAAGCACAGUCUGGAAUCGUCAUGGUCUCCAACUGAGCACGAAGCUGAAGAUAUACAAGACCAUCAUCCUGCCGACGCUGCUGUACGGAGCGGAGACUUGGACAGUGUACACAAACCAGGCACUUUGA